CAAAAUAGGGGUCCCCUCGCAAAUAUUCCGGGCGGCGACAUCAUACCCGGCGAGAUCGCCUGCGCCCGCUGCCGCCAAUCCCGCGCCCUCCCCGCGUAAAAUCCAAGACUCCCAGCCGCCGCCUCCGGAUCCCCUCACCCGCUGCCGCCGCUCACAGCUCGAGCUGCUCCGACGGAUUUCUUAAUGCUGCUGCCGCGGGCCCGCGGCUGCGCCGGCGCCGGCGCGUCCAGAGCUCGCGGUGCCCAGACACAGGGAGCGCGGCGCCCGCGGACUGCUAAGGCGUGGCCUCGCCAUUGCAGUAGGGCUCACAGCUCAGCCUCAAACCGAGAUGAUACCUUGGUGUUCUUGGAAAGGGCCAUGCGGCACAAGGGUCAUGCCAAUCCUGCCUCACUGUACUACAAUAAUCAAGAUGAACAUUGGUGAGAAGGAGCUUCUGCAGACUGCAGGAGGGUAUAUAUGAGGACAAGGAAAAGCACAGCUCAAGCAUCGCUUUCGGGAAAAAAGACUGAAGUGGAGUGGACUGAAUUUUCAGUUGGAGGUCCAGUAGCCACUGUGUCCCCCAUAGAACCCAAGGUCAGACAAAACUACACAACCAACUCUUGCAAACGAUGAGAUGUCCAUCCACUUGAACCACUCGCAUAUCAGCAUAUUGAUCAGUUCCAUGCACUCAAUUCUCUCAUUGAAAUUAUACAAACUGCUGCGGGCACGUGUCGCCCAUUGCGAUAGCGCUCCUCUUCAUUCCUGAAACAAUUUGCCCUGCGCUUCAACUUGACCUGAAAUAUGCCAGAUUCCUCUUCUUAUAUCAAUAAACGAAAGAGAGCUCCUGCCUUCGUUUCACAAACUCCAUACGCUUGUUAUUUUCUCACUGUGCUACUGAAUCUUUGAAACAGAACAGUUUAUCAUCUAUGCAGGUUCAGAAAUAAAGCCAUGCAUUCAAAGUUCAGAGGAGUACACAUAUUCUAUAGGGAUGUCUUAACUUUUUCAUGUACUAACUUUUACUAUAGGGCUAUCAUUUCACUGUUCAUACUUUUUGUUAGUCCCCCACUAGUUCACUUUAGGAGUACUUAGCAAGCACAAAGCCACCUGCCUUUUUCUCAUCAUCUCUCAGCCCCUCAAUCGUUUCAUGUUUCCAUCCAUCCAUCACAGUUCACAGUUACCUCAACACCAUAAAGAUCCACACAGGCUCCUCUGCACAAACACUCACCUCCUCUGUACACACAACGAACACUAGUGGUGGUAGUAUGUGCUAGAGCUGAAGCUUGGCAUCAGAGGCCGGCCAUGAAGAGCUCUUCAGCUGCACCAAGGCUGAGACUGAAACCGGAGCAGGCGAGCGAUGGUAGCAAGAUGCAGGGAAGCGGUCUGAGCAGUGGCCUGGAGCUCAGGCUCGGCAUCUCUUCAGACAAUGGCAGCGGCGGCAAUGAUCCAUGGCUCGGUGGCGGAGUGCACCCUUGGAGCCUGGCCUCCAGGCAAGAGAAGGCGGCCCUGGAGCAAGCGCACCAGCGGCAGCCGGUGGGGUGGCCGCCGGUGGGCGCGUUCCGCAAGAGCCACCUGGCCGGCGCGAAGGUCGCCGAGGAGCCGGGCAAGGAGAAGCGUGGCUCCGGCGGCGAUCGGCCGGCGGCGAGCAUGUUCGUGAAGGUGAACCUGGAGGGCUGCGCCGUCGGGAGGAAGGUGGACCUGCAGGCGCACCGCGGGUACGCGUCGCUGUCCCGCGCGCUGCAGGCCAUGUUCCAUGGCUUCCUGUCAGAUGGCCAGUGGAGGAUCGCCGCAGGCAGAGAAGACGAAGAUGACGACGAGCCGGCGAAGAAGAACAGGACGAAGACGUACAUCCUGCUGUACGAGGACAACGAGGGCGACCGGAUGCUCGUCGGCGACGUGCCGUGGGAGCUGUUCAUGGCUUCGGUGAAGAGGCUCUACAUCGCACAGGACCCCAGGAAGAACUAGCUAGAGCUAGAGAGAGAGAGAGAGGGAGCUGCUGAGAUGAUGUUGCUCGAUCGCUGCUUUUUCCAUACAUUAAAGCAGAUCAUAGCAACACUGUAUGUGCUAGUAUCGAUCUAGCAGUUCAUAUAGUGCAGUAGGCACAUAUAUCUGUAGAGGAAGUUUUGGUUUGUGUAAUAUUUCAGACUUUGGUGAAUUAUUAAUCGAUUAGUAGCUAACAUAAUUAAUUUUGA